AUGUUUCUCAGCUCGACGCAAAAUGCACAACGUAAACAGCAAAUUGCUAAUCCAAUCGAUGUACGAGUCAAUGUAUACGAUCAAAACGAAUUAGCAUACGACAUCAAUUUGUCAACAACAAUAAAACAAGCUGACAUGCACCCUGACUACUUUGAUAUCUGUUUUACAUACGCACCAAAGGAUCACAUCAAAAUUUUACUUGAAUGGGAUAAGACUGGUGAAAAUCAAGUUUACAGCAUUUUAAGUGACCAUGGAGAAGCUUGGCACAAGGGUUUUGCUAAUACCUGUCCAAUGCCUUUCGGAGACUGGCUGGAAGCAAUAUAUUGUCUUCAUCAUUACGAAACAAAUAUGCUCCCUGGUGCAUCUACUCUCGAAUAUAUUCAGCUUCAAAAGGAGGAAAUUGAGAAAUGUUUUCAAGAAUGGAAUGAAGCUUACACGACGGAUAGGUCAAACUACGGAAGGAAACGAAGGAAUGUCGAAAAAUAA